AAUAGCAAACACAAAUAAAAAUCAGAGAGAGACGACCACGAAUGUUACUUCUCGCCGGAAAAAAAAAAUAAAGAAAGAAGAUGAUCGGAGAAACUCACGAGCCUUACCCGACGGUGCAGAUUCCUACAUGGCCUGUUUCUGAAUACUUGACAUCAUCGGAGAUUUUCUCUCCGGCGAUGAACAGUCCAGAUUUCAGCACGCUUGAAGCUUUAACGGCGUUACAUCGUUACCUUCCGUCCAACGAACCGGAUCCGGAUUCCGACCCGGAACCACCAUUCGGGCCGGACUCUCCCGUCGAUGCUUACUCCAGCGACCGUUUCCGCAUGUACGACUUCAAAGUCUUGAGGUGCGCUCGCGGCCGGAGCCAUGACUGGACGGAGUGUCCGUACGUUCAUCCCGGAGAAAAGGCUCGCCGGAGAGAUCCGGCGAAGUGCAGUUACUCCGGGACGGCUUGCCCGGAGUUCAGAAAAGGCAGUUGCAAGAAAGGGGACUCUUGCGAGUUUGCUCACGGAGUUUUCGAGUGUUGGCUUCAUCCUUCACGUUACCGGACUCAGCCGUGUAAAGACGGCGGUGGAUGUCGCCGGAAAGUUUGUUUCUUUGCUCACUCGCCGGAGCAGCUUAGGUAUGUCCAGGCACGAAGCCCUGAUCGGGUCGAUUCCUGCUUUAGAGCGUUUCAGCUCUCGGUAUCGCCUGUUUCUAGUUCGCCGCCGGUGAGUCCGAGAGCUGACUCGGAGUGUUCUCAGUCACUGAGUCGCUCGCUCGGGUCUAGUUAUAUAAACGAGGUGACGACGUCGUUUAGGAACUUACAGCUUGAGAGAUUGAAAUCAUUUCCUCCGUAUUAUAGCAAUCCGUUUCGGUGCUACCAAUCGGGAUUCGGGUCGCCCCGAGGAUCCAUGUUGGGUCCUGGGUUUCAGAGUCUUCCCACAACGCCGACCCGACCCGGUAAUCUGGAUAUUUGGGAGAUUGGUUUAGAGGAAGAGCCCGCAAUGGAGCGGGUCGUAGAUUCGGGUCGUCAACUACGAGCGAAGAUGUUUGAGAAACUGAGCAAGGAGAAUUGCAUGGAUCGGGUAAAACCAGAUCAAAAUUCGGGUGAAGCUCCUGAUGUCAGGUGGGUAUCUGAGCUGGUGAUGUAAGAGCACUAGACACGACCGGUACCCGAAUGUCAAGAACUCGUUGAUAAGUCAUCGUUUUUUUUCGUGAUCUGUUCAUUAUUAUUAACUAAUUUCGUAUUAUCUGAUAAUAAUAGUAGUAACUAAAUAAGGAUUUUUCUGUGAAUUUUGUAAUCUCGUUGUAAGUAUGGAAUGUAAAUAUCUUUUGUUAAUAUAUUUUUUUGUUUUACUUA